AGGAGUGUGAGGCGAGGCCCGGCCAGCGGGAGCAGGCGGAGGCGGUGAUGCUGGCGUGCCGCUACCUCCCUCCCUCCUUCCUGUCAGCUCCGGGCCAAAGGGUGGGCAUGCUGGCCGACGCGGCCCGCACCCUGGAGAAGCUGGGCGACAAGCGGACCCUCCACGACUGCCAGCAGAUGAUCAUCAAACUGAGCAGCGGCACCACCGUCACCAACAGCUAGAGCGAGGGGAAGGCGGGGGAGGGGCUGUGAGGAUCGCACAGACGCUCGUGAAACAGGAACAUCUCUCGCAGACAGAAGCGAACACGGAGACGGAGAAGAACCUUGCUUCCACAAACAGAAAACUGGGCUCGGGUGGAGUUUUCCUUAYAUGGGUUGUCUUUGCUCGACCCUCACACCAGGAUGCAUUUGUACAGAUCCAAAACUGUAACCCUGAAAUAUCACGAGAACUCUCUUCCCGUCGAGCCAAACUCAUGUUCACUGCAGUGUCAGUCUUGGACCACAGAGAGGCGCCACCGCACCCUCGAGGCCGGCGGUGCAGUCAGCCAUCGUAGUUCCACCUCCACCCUGACUGUAGACUGGGUGGCAGGAGUGACCGGCUGCUCUSAUUGGCUGCAGUAUGAGGCGUCUCCUUAUUUGUAAGAGGAAAAAUAACCAAACUUCUGGGCUUGAAGAGAGGGAACCUGCUCCACAAGCUUUUAGAAGUUUCUUUGAAUGAUGUAAACUGUCCAAGCUCCAUGUUUUUAUCUGCACUAGGCCUGUGAGGCUGCUUUUAAUGAGCUAAAAUAAUAAUAAUAUGGCUUUAUAAUUAUUAUACUUAUUUUCAUAGAAGUUAUUUGUUUUGCUGUGUAAAUAUUUUAUGUAUUUAUAAUUUGGAAGAGCUUUGAUUAGGCUUUUUUUCAUAAGCAGAGGUGUAAAUGCUUAUUUUCCCACCAUGAAUUUAUUCCACAUGGUCAAUACUGUAUUGUCAGAGAAACCUCAACGUGGUGACAUAAUGAAGUUAUUAUUUAACUCGCUGACCCCCUGAGCUGUUAGACUCUCGUCUUGUCCAACUAUGAUAUCAAAAGCAGUGUUCAGUUCUAUUGAAUUUAAAACAAAACUUUAACAUUUCUUUUUUUAAAUGAUCGUUUUCAUAAAGAACCCUUAGUCAUUGUGUUAUGUUUAACUCCCAACAUAAAGGGCAAUAUUUGCUCUUUUUAGCUGUUGCGGUUUCAUAUCUUUAGUGAACCACAUUUUUCAUAUGAUUUUUUAUUUGAAAGAAAACGUGGAAUUGAGAUGACCAGAGUUUUAGUCUUGGUUAUAUGUCCUGUAACUGACAUCUAGUUCAACUUCAUCACAUGUAAAUAUUAAAUCAUUUUGUAAAGAA